AUGAUUAAGAGAAAAAACAGAAGGUUCACCAGAAAAAUUGCUUUGAAGCUUCACCGGAGUGAAACCGCGAAAGUGAGAUCUUCACCAAACGCUGCGAAGAUGAUGAACAACCACGAAAGAAAGAGAAACACAGAACCUCAGCUGAAAGAGGAAGAAAAAACGCUAAGAAAAGUAGCCAGAGGAGCUAAACAACUUCAUCGGAGAUACGCCAGUGGGAGGAUAUAUGAGGAGGAUACCAAAGCUCACUAUAAGAUUAGAAAUGAGCGGAGGAACAAGGGUCAACAAGGUCGUCCGAAACCCUACAGUGCUCCUGGCCACAAGAGUAAUGUUUGCAAUGGUGAGGAGAAGAAGUGCUUCCGAUGUGGGAAGAAAGGGCAUACAAUAGCUGAAUGCAAGCGUGGUGAUAUUGUUUGUUUCAAUUGUGAUGAGGAAGGUCAUCUUAGUUCGCAGUGCAAGAAGCCUAAGAAGGGUCAGGCGAGUGGAAGAGUGUUUGCUUUAGCUGGUACUCAGACAGCGAAUGAGGAUCGUCUGAUCUGA